AAAGCAGUUCCCCGUGGAAGGAUAAAAAGCACGUGAGUAGUGCAGCAACCAUCAUGGCGGACGAAGUCUGGACUUCAGCUAGGACUAACAGGGAUAUUUGCAUCCAAAGAUGGGCCAAACCCUGAUCACCUGUGUGAGAUAACAUCCAAACGUGACCAUGGCAGAGAAACAAGUGGACGCCAGUGAGCUCUUUAGCCUGCUGUCGUCACCUGACCUCCAUGUAGUGGACGAAAUCAAGGCCCUCAUCCACGAAAACCUCAACACUGCCCGUGAACCCUGGUUGUUAAACUGCCUCGUGGAGUUUUAUGUGGCCACCAACAACCAGCCAGCCCUGGAGGUGUUAGUGGGCAUCAGGGAGCCUCAUGAUAAGCAUUUGCUGACCAAGUUACAUGAGUACGUGGCGCGUGGCUGCCAGGCCAGUCGACUGGCUGCCCUGACGCUGCUGGGACACGUGGUGAGGAAACACCCGUCAUGGCUGUACAAAAUCACCCAGCACUCCAUCAUGGCGACUCUCCUCAAACUUCUCAAGCGUGAGACAGACAUCCCUAACGUGAUGAGUGGAGUGCUGAUCAUCACCACCCUCCUGCCCAUGGUACCCACACUCAUCGCUCCUUACCUCAGCAGUAUAUUCGAGGUCUUCAGUAGGCUGGCUGCAUGGAACACAAACAAACCUGGUCCUAUCCCCGAUGUGUACCUCCUCCACCUGCACAUAGCAGUGUACGCCCUGUUCCACCGCCUGUACAGUAUGUACCCCUGUAACUUCCUGGCUUACCUACGAGCCUACUACAGCACCAGGGACCACAUGGAGGUGUUUGAAGACUCCAUCAAGCCCAUGUUGGAGAGAGUAAGGAUGCACCCUCUCCUCAUCAUUUCUUCAUCUGAAGAAGAAACCAAAACUAACAGAUGGAGAAAGAUGGAGACCCAUGACAUUGUGAUAGAAUGUGCCAAAGUGUGUCUGGACCCGCUGGAGUCAGGGCGGGACUGGGUGGCCGCCCCCCUCCCACCCUCAGGUCUCAUCUCCAGGGAACCCUCACAACUCAACACUUCUCUCAACUACUCCUUCUCACCCAUGCCUAGUGCAGAAGCCAGUCUUGCAGAUGAGAGCCACAAGAAGGAGAAGGCUCCCUCCCAGAAGCCAAGUCUGGUGGAAGACUCUCCUCCGUUUUGGAGCCCCUCCAACAUCUGCGGGCUAUCCACCCCUCCACACUCACAUGGUAUGUCCCCGGCCAGCAGCCAUCUUGAGUUGACCUCGUCCUCCGCUUUACACCACAGUUUUGCGCUGUCUUCUGCCGCCAACACUCCCACCCCCCUGGCUACCCCCUCCGAGUCCCCCCCAACCAUAGGAGGGGGUGAGGUGCCGGGACACGGGUCCACACCCAAAAAGACCAGCAGAGAAAAUCUCCUGUCUAAACCGCCCAUGUCUCCAAGGUCGCGAACUCAGAUAUUUCAGCGAUUUUUUAGCUCACCCCAAGGUCAAACACCCGAACUGUCCUUCAGUAAUUCUACGCCGGUUUCGCCGUUGUCAAGAGAAGACUCCGGGGGUACCGGCGUACCGGAUAAAAGUCAAAGUGCCCCGCUUACCGCAGAAGCGCUAUCAGAACAGGACGCUCCUUCCUUCCCCCCCAAAGUUCCCAAAAGUGGACUGGACCUAACAGAGAGUCAGCAGUGUGCCGGGACGUUCCACUCCCAGGACAGGGAGGAGGAGGGGAAGAACUCUAAAGACAUCUUGACCCCCGAGAACCUGAGCCAAGUUGUGGAGAAACUGUCGGAACACGGGUCAUCCCUGGAAGUAGUGGGGCCGCUGUCUUCCACAGGUCUGGAUGUAGACAAAGAUUUAGAUGAUGCUGCUAAUUUGGAGGUGAGUGAGAUCACAGACCAGGGCCGGUCCAGCCAAGGUGCAGCUAGAACUCCAGAGGACGAGUUCCACAAUACAACUGCCAAUCUCACAGGAGCCGCCAGGUACCCACAGGGGGAAGGAUUGGUCACCCCCGACCAGGACAGCCAACCAGAGGUGUCCGACCAGUUUCAAACCAACCAAUCAGACUCCAACCUGCUCUCCUACGACACUGCCAAGUCCGCCGCCACCUUCAUGGCGCGCGUGAAGCAAAUCCGCGGCCACGUGAACUCCGACACCGUAGUGAACCCGUCCGAGCUCCCCAGGGUGAGAUACAAGUCGUACCCUCCCCUCACGCGAGGCGACAAAUUCGUGCCCUCCGAUUCAGCAAUCGUUAGUCCAAACGUGCCAAGCGCUUUCAAGAAGCCCGCCAAACUUUCCAAAUUAAAGAUCCCCCCGCUAGACGGAUCCAACGGUAGCCUGACGGACAAUUCUUCCACGGACAUCUCAGACGAUGUUGUUACAGACUCGGUGCCUGAAGAUGUAGAAAAAUGCGAAGUAGUAAACUACUCCGAGGGAAAAAGUUGCGAGCAGACAGAACUUAAAGUUCAAGAAGAAGUUCAGCAAAGACUUCAAGAUAGCAUUGAAGGGCUAGAGGAGAAAGAGAAAGGCUUCACGCCCAUUCAGGAAGAGGAGGCGAGAAUGGACACGAGCACGCCACAGAAAGUACGCGAUUCCGUCACGCAGACUUUCAUGGAGCCGUACGAGCACUUAAUACCCCUGGCUCUACAGUUUCUACCUGGUAUGAGACCCGGAGAAUGUGCCAUUCUCCCUGACGGGGAGGAGAAGGGUUCCCUCCCCUCCCAGAGGGACAGUGUGAUGUCCAUGUUUAGUAAGGUUUCUCCCUUAGAAGUGUUAGAUAGACACAUUGAGCUGGGAGGGGACGUACACUCCAAAGAACUCAGCAGAAUUCCACUAGUCAACAUGGAUUCCAUCAACUGGACACACUUUGGAGGAGCCCCCCCGGCGGAUGAGGUGACCAUACUGAAGGACCAGCUGCUGUUACUCCAUAACCAGCUGCUGUUUGAGCGGCACAAGCGGGAUCUCCACGCCCAGCGGAACAGACGGCUGCUGGGGAAGACCUUCAAGGCCCGCGCCAUGGAGGAACAGAACGUGGCCAUGCAGGAUCAGUUACAACUGCAGGAGAAGGAGAUAGUGAGUCAGAAGGGAGAGUUGAGGCAGCUGUGGGUGGAGAGGAAGGACCUGUUGGAGAGACUGGAGAGGAAAGACGCAGAACUCCAGCUGAACACCAGGCAGUACCAGCAGGAACAGGACAGACUACAGGCACAGGUUGAGGACCUGAGACAGUCUAUGGCAGCUAAAGAAGAACACAUGGACAGACUGAAGAAGGACCUGAAGACGUCGAGCGCCCGUCUCUUCACCAUGGAGAGCGAGCUGUGCGACAUGGCCGACAAGGUCGCUCACACCGAGGACCUCCGACAGCAGGUGGAGGCACUCAACAGACAACUGUUGCUGAUGGGUGAACUCCAGCAGAAGUACGACGACAGAUUGGACCUGAUGAAGUUCACCAACAACAAGGAGGCCAACUGUAGUGCACAGCUGGCAGCUGCCAAGGCUGAACUGGCAGGACUGAAAGAGACACUCCACGCAGAACGAACAGAACGAGAGAUGGCGAAGAAGAGAAUCUCAGAGCUGGAGGAGAGCCUGGGGAACCGGGAGGUGGUCGGGCUGGAGCAGAAGCGGAUGCUGGAGAGCGUGAAGAGCCUCUCCCGCGGCCAGCUGCAGGCCAUGGAACAGAAGUACAACUCUCUGAAGAGGAUCUGUCAACAGAUGGAGAAUCAGAUACUCAAGCUCUACAGUAAACUAGAGGGGAAGGGACAUCACAGGAAUCGAGAGAAACUCUCCAGUGAAAAUAUCUCCACGGGCAGAGGCCAGAUGGAGAGGCAGGUUUCCCACGACGUGGCCAGUAGCACAGAGAGUAGCGAAUCACAGAGUUCCAUAGACAGCGUCAAACGGUUACAGCCGCCUCCAGACGAACCGAGCGGACAGCGAUCGUCGCCAAACACGACUUUCGGGUGGGAACCGGGCGUGGACAAUCCCGUACGCAGUCGAAUGAAGAGUGCUUUUGACGAGGACGGCUUGUCACUCACGAGCUCGGAACGAUUACAGGCGGAGGACAUACGCGGACAAGAAGAGACGGACGGCAAGGGGAAGGGUCGGGACGUUUCUCGCGAACUGGCGAAACAUAAAGGAGAGUGGACGGAGGAGGGGGCACGGGGCGCGCAGUUAGAGGAUGGGCACCGGAGAACGAGCACGAUAGGGAGUCGCUCUACGCUGAGCGAAGACAGGAGUUUGGCCUCCAUGGCAGACUUAGACGGGAGUCUGUACAGCGAGACCACGAGCAUGUCAUCAAGCGGGGCGCGUGGCUUCACGGACACCUACGAUAGCGGAUAUGCAUAGUUAAAGUCAAUAUUCUGGUACACUAAAAGUCAUAUAACUUUUGAUACCAUAGUUGGCAUUGCAAAGAGGACACUAUUGCUUCUAAACGUGUGGAAACUGAGCAAUUUUGAAAAAGUUGCAAUAUUUCAAAAAGAAGGUUUGUAAGCAAUUGCAUGGAAUACUAAGUGAAAGUGCCUGUCAAGUGUUUGAAAGCGAUGUUCUUGUUCUGUAAGAUAUCUUCUUGUUAGUUUUGAGAAGACGGAUUGCAUAUUUCUUUUAGUUUGAAACUUUUCGGUAUAAAGAAAACAGAGAAGAACAAGAGUUUCGAUGUGUGUACAGGAAGAAAAUUGAAAACAUUUUUAUUUAUUUUCAAUUAUAAUUCUAAUGGUGUGAUUUUGUUCAUGUUCACUUUCUUUUUGCU